UUAUGAAAGAUAGUUUGGUUAUAAGUCAUUACUGAGUGGCCAGAGUGAGACCACAGACAUUCCUCCAGACAAAACACACUCACACUUUGGAUGUCAACUUUUUCUGCUUUCUCUGCAAUUUUUUUUCCUGUACACAUUAAAGGGAUAUUUAGAAGAAAAAUGGACACUUUUUCCCUUUUUUGAACCUCUUUUUAGGUGUGUGUGCUUCUCUCCCUCUGUGCCUCUCUUGCAGCAGAUGGAUGGUGGGUGGUCAGGAAAGGGUUAAAUGCUGUGCUCUAUAAACUCUGCUCUAAGAGUCUGCUGGAAGCUACUGGUUCAGCCUUUAAAUACAGUCAUUUGACUCAUCCAAACAGGGACUCGAAGCAGAGGGAGCAGCUGCUGACCCAGACUCAGGCUUUAAGGCGCUGGUGUGUCAGCAUCACACUGCUUUGGACAGCAUGAAGGCGCUCUUAUUCACCUGUACGCUUGUGCUGUGGAUGGCGGCCACCUCGGCCAGGACGCUUGGUCAGAACUCUCGGCUGACACCGGGAUCUCUACUUGGCAGGCAGCUGAGCGGAUACUUCAGUGACUAUUUGAUAUCAAGAAGGGCGAGGAGGGCACUGCCUGCUGCUGAUGAGCCCGAAUUCAGCCCAACACCAGCAGUAGGAGACAGCUCCGAUCUUCCCACAUGUCUGCUGUGUGUGUGUCUGACUGGCUCAGUGUAUUGUGAGGAGAUCAGUCCAGACAUGACCACUGUUCCUACGCUGCCUAAAGAAACCGCCUACCUGUAUGCCCGUUUCAACAAGAUCAGAAAGAUUAGCACCAAAGACUUUUCUGAUAUCGUGACUCUGAAGAGGAUUGAUCUGACAGGAAACCUGAUUUCAGAGAUUGAAGAUGGGGCCUUCUCUAAACUAACCCUGCUGGAGGAACUGACUCUGGCUGAGAACAAAUUGGUCAAACUUCCAAUGCUUCCCGCCAAACUCACAUCCCUCAACGUAAACUACAACCUCCUCAAAACCAAGGGUGUAAAGGCUAACGCUUUCCAGAAACUAACCAAGCUGACCAACCUGUUCCUUGCUGAUAAUCAGCUGGAAGCUGUUCCAAAAAUCCCAGAGGGUGUCCGGGUCUUACAUUUACAGAACAACAACAUCACUGAAGUCAACAUAGACACCUUCUGCAAGUCCGAUGACAACUACUAUCUACGACCAAGUCUCACUGAAGUCCGAAUGGACGGCAACCCGGUAGUGCUGUCCAAGUACCCCGACAGCUUCACAUGCAUGAAGGUGCUGCCUGUGGGACGGUACCGCUGAGAAACUGUACUAUUAGCCCCUUUGUUGCUGAUGGAGCCAUUUUCCUUCCUGAGGGGCACCAAGACAUUCUGGACUCUAAGGAGUUUGUCCCACAAGUAAAAGUGUCAACGUUACUUCAGCAAACAUGCAAAAAGUUUGUUUUACUGUAAGGUCAAAAAGGAAACAAAUCAUUGGACUAAAGGUGGGGAUCUGAAGAUGUUUCUCAGCUCAUCUCAGUAACUGGGUGUUUAAAGAUCUGCAGGAGGCUACAUCUGACAAUUGUGGAGAGUCAGAGUCACAUUAUUUGAUACAAAGCCACUUUUAAAAUGAUAGUUUGCAUUUAAAUGGGGGAAAACAGCUCCAGUUUAACUUUAACAGUCCAACGUUUUGUUUCAUUUUGACCAGAUGCUUCUCAACCUGGAUUACUCAAAAGAUUUAAAACUAAGAUAACUGCAAAGCUCUUUAUAUUAACAAAUAAUUCAUGUAAUACUUCAAAAAGAAAAUUUUACUGGAAUUAACCAUAAAACAUUUAAGAGAAGUGUCUACAAGCAGCUUUGAUCUUGGAAGGAUCACAGGCCUUGGCAUGCUUGUUAUGUGUCAAAGGGAAUUAAAGCCACAGUGAGUCAAAACAAAAAAAAAUUUAAAAGGAAGAUGUUUGACAGCUCAUAUAUUUUUGAUUUUUUUUCAUUGUGUUUUGUUUUAUUUACUCUGGACUUCUGCUGUUAUAUUUCUGCAUGAUAUCCAGUCAACAGAAGUCCAUAUGUUGUCCAACUCCUGUUUGGCAUGUGUAAAUUUGCUUUAGUCGUCCCAAUGACAGCUAAACAGAGUUUGAAAAUUUCAGUCGUACAAAGGGAAAACUUGAUGCAUGCAAAUCUUUGUUUCUUCAGUUUAACAUUGUGAUGAGAUGGUGUGAAAAAUUUGUCUUUAUGUUGCUUUGAUAUGUUUCUCAGAGACAUUACAUGUGCCUUAAUGCUGAGUAAAAAAAUAAAGAUAAAGCAUUAUACAAACAUCUGACUGGUCGGCAUGGCUUGUAGACAGUGGUGAUGUAGACUUAUGGAGCUGCAAGUUUUCUGUGACUUCCCGUUGUUUUCUAAUUUAUAGACUUUGAAAUGGAGAACAUGUAUCUAUGGACUAUAGGAAUGUGAAAGUUAUCCUCUUUCUUAUGUUUGCUUCGACAAUGUCUUACUUUGUUUCUUUUUAAUUCCUCCCUUUCAGUAAUAAUAAUAAUAAUAAUAAUAAUAAUAAAAAAAUCACAGUAGAAGUUAUUAAUGAUGUGAAUACGACAGUGGUGUACAGGAAUAUGUGUAUGUAACGUGGCUAUGUUUUGGUGAUAUUUUAAUAAACUGUUUUUAAUU